GGUUAGAUAUCUACCUAUAUAAGAUGUGAUAGUCAGCCGCCAUGACUGAUAUUGACUUGAACAUCUCAUUACUUCAUCAUUUUGACAUAAAGCGUAUUAACACCGCCUAAUUGACUCGACACGACUAAAACAAUGGCUAUUGGAGUUCCAAAACCCCGUGUACUGAUUGUCGGUGCCGGCAUCGGUGGACUUACACUGGCCCAGUGCUUGCGAAAGCAGGGCAUUCCAUUCGAGAUUUUCGAACGAGAUACAGAUGCACACUCUCGAUUCUUAGGAUGGGCCAUCGGCAUACACGGAAUUCUGGAUGAUUUAAUUGCAUCAAUCCCCGAUGAUUUACCGCCAAUAAAGGAGGGUAUAAGUCACCUAUUCCCACUGAAUCUCGAAGCGCAAAUUUCUUUGUACAUCCACGGAAAGCACACCGCCGUACAAUCUACUCCCGAGAAGCCAAUUAUAAGAGCCAACAGACCUCGUCUUAGGGAUUGGCUCUCUACUCAUAUCCCAAUUCAAUGGGGAAAGAGACCUAUAUGGAUAGAACAAGUUCAAGACAAAAUCCUACUCCAUUUCGAGGACGGAACUACGGCCACGGGUGAUAUUCUCGUCGGUGCAGACGGAAUAAAUAGUUUUGUGCGUGAACACCUUCUUAGGGUUCCCAACAAGGAAACUAUCCGUCUCGUUCCAAGCUGUAUGAUCAUCGGCGAAACAACUUUAUCGGGAGAAGCAUUCGAACGUCAGCUGUCCAUGGCACAUAGCUGCUAUAUGGCGAGCGGCCCAGCUUCCAGCAAUUAUUUCCUGUUUGUAGGCUUGAACCAAGUGAGCCCGGACGGAAAGUCUGGGCGGUACUAUUGGUUUACGGCGGAAACAGAUGAGUCCAUUUCCAAUGAAGACCACUGGGCUAAAUCUGCUUCGAAAGCGGAUCUAUACGACCACGUUGUUAAGUUGACGAGCAAUCUUGAGUCUAGGUUUUCAGAAGUCAUCAGGUCGACCUCAGCGAGCGAGGUCAGAGAUAAACCUUUCAUAAUCCGCGAUGCGGAGAUUGAGCACUUGCCGGUUGGCAGAAUAACUCUGCUUGGCGACGCGGCUCACCCAAUGGGCCCAUACCGUGGCGAAGGCGGCGUACACGCCUUCCGCGACGCGUUGAACCUUUCAAAGGCCAUCGGGCAGCUCAAGUCAAACGAUACGAGCGAAAUCGAGUCUCUCUUCAGGCCCUAUCAGAAAGAAAUGCUGGAACGAGGCGUGCGCGCCGUCAAGGCUUCUAGAGGCCAGCACAGUUAUAAGGGCGUCACCACCAGUAAUCAAAUAAUAGCAUGGGGACAGACUCCUGUUGAAGUUCCGGAUGAGAUCAUCACCCUCGAGGCUUGCCUCCCUUGACAGGUAAAAGGUGGAGAUGCCCCGGAAUAGAGCUGAUCGCGUCGCUUGUAAGUUUCUUGAUGGAGAUCACGUCCCGUCCAUUGCAUUGGAAGGGUUCGGGAUUCUCUUGUCACUUUUGUCGCUGGAAUAUAUGGAAUUUUAUAUGUUUUAUCAACCUAUAUUAGUUAGUUACCUAUACAGUUAAUUUUAAGUCUUAGAAGUGACGUUGAUCGAAUUAAGCUACCUAACCCA